AUGCCGGGGGCUAAGCAGCCAAAGCGCCUGUGGAGGGCGGCCCCGCCCCUCCCGCCCCCGCCCCCCUCUCCGGCUCCUCAACACAAACUUUCCGUCCCGCUCGCUCCCUCCUCCGCGCCCGGCGCCUCCCGCUCCAGCCCGGCUCAUUCCGCACAUUCCGGCCAGCCCCCUCCCCACGACCCCCCUCCCCGGCCCCCCUCUCAGCUCCCUCGGGCCUGGCGGAGCGGCCCGGCCGGAGCGCCCCCCCGAGCUCGGACCAGGCUUAGCUGCCCAGCGGGCUCAGGCCCAGAGCCCAGAGCAACCAGCACAAUAGCGUCCAACAGCUGGAACGCCAGCAGCAGCCCCGGGGAGGCCCGGGAGGAUGGGCCCGAGGGCCUGGACAAAGGGCUGGACAACGAUGCGGAGGGCGUGUGGAGCCCAGACAUCGAGCAGAGCUUUCAGGAGGCCCUGGCCAUCUAUCCUCCCUGCGGCCGGCGCAAGAUCAUACUGUCGGACGAGGGCAAGAUGUACGGUCGGAAUGAGUUGAUUGCCCGCUAUAUUAAAUUGAGGACGGGAAAGACUCGGACGAGAAAGCAGGUGUCCAGCCACAUACAGGUUCUAGCUCGGAAGAAGGUGCGGGAGUACCAGGUUGGCAUCAAGGCCAUGAACCUGGAUCAGGUCUCCAAGGACAAAGCCCUUCAGAGCAUGGCAUCCAUGUCCUCUGCCCAGAUCGUCUCCGCCAGUGUCCUGCAGAACAAGUUCAGCCCACCCUCCCCUCUGCCCCAGACCGUCUUCUCCUCUUCCUCACGGUUCUGGAGCAGCCCCCCUAUCCUGGGACAGCAGCCUGGACCCUCUCAGGACAUCAAGCCCUUUGCACAGUCAGCCUACCCCAUCCAGCCACCCAUGCCGCCAACACUCAGCAGUUACGAGCCUCUGGCCCCGCUGCCCCCAGCUGCUGCCUCUGUGCCUGUGUGGCAGGACCGCACCAUUGCCUCCUCCCGGCUGCGCCUCCUCGAGUACUCAGCCUUCAUGGAGGUGCAGCGAGACCCUGACACGUACAGCAAACACCUGUUUGUGCACAUCGGCCAGACAAACCCCGCCUUCUCCGACCCGCCCCUGGAGGCAGUGGACGUGCGCCAGAUCUACGACAAGUUUCCCGAGAAGAAGGGUGGGCUGAAGGAGCUCUAUGAGAAGGGGCCACCGAAUGCUUUCUUCCUCGUCAAGUUCUGGGCCGACCUCAACAGCACCAUCCAAGAGGGCCCAGGAGCCUUCUAUGGGGUCAGCUCCCAGUACAGCUCGGCUGAUAGUAUGACCAUCAGUGUCUCCACCAAGGUGUGCUCCUUCGGCAAGCAGGUGGUGGAGAAGGUGGAGACGGAGUACGCCCGGCUGGAGAAUGGCCGCUUCGUGUACCGCAUCCACCGCUCACCCAUGUGUGAGUACAUGAUCAACUUUAUCCAUAAGCUGAAGCAUCUGCCCGAGAAGUACAUGAUGAACAGCGUCCUGGAGAACUUCACCAUCCUGCAGGUGGUAACAAGCCGAGACUCCCAGGAGACCCUGCUCGUCAUUGCUUUUGUCUUCGAAGUCUCCACCAGCGAGCACGGGGCCCAGCACCAUGUCUAUAAGCUUGUCAAAGACUAG